AUGGCGUCGGCGACGAACGAGCUAGCUCCAAUGGCGUCGCCAUGGUCGCAGGAAACACAACGGCCUACAGCGGCGGCUGCGGCCUCGGUGCGGCGCGGCUACUGCGGGGUGAGGCGACGGCCGUCGGGCAAGUGGGCGGCGGAGAUCCGGGACCCCAGGAAGGCGGCGCGCGUCUGGCUCGGCACGUUCGUUACCGCCGAGGACGCGGCGCGCGCCUACGACGCCGCGGCGCUCCGCCUCCGCGGGAGCCGCGCCAAGCUCAACUUUCCAGAGGAUGUCUUGUCGCUCGGCCACAUGCCGGCCGCUGCGGGCUCUCGGCAGCCCGGCUCCGGCUGGGAUCGCACCAUGGACCAAUCGCCGUGCCCGGAGAUGGUGCGCCGGAGGGAGGCGAUGGAUGGGUUCAUCGGCGGUGGCAAUGGCCGGUUCUUGGGUUUUUGGAGCAUCGGGACUUCGUCGCCGUCGCCGACGCCGAAGCCUACAUGUUCGGCUGCUCCCGUCGUCGCUCCUCUGCUUUCUGAGAGCCACGGAACAGGGAGCAGUGGAAUAGAAGACGACGCAUAUGGUGUUUGGGAAAGAACCAACAGCGCGAGAUAG